AUGCAAACAUACCUUAACUCACUGAAAUUCAAAAAGUUCAUUCCAGAUUGGAUAACCACGGUGGUUCUAAUACUUCUCUUUUUCAUUGUUUUAGAAAAAGGAAACCCCUUCCCACGAGAAUUUCAAGUCAAUGAUCCCAGGAUUUCCCAUCCAUUUGCUGAACAAGAACGAGUCACUGAUAAUGAGUUAUAUAUAUAUUCCACUCUUUUACCACUAGUGAUAAUAUCACUAAUAUCAUUAUAUUUGCCUAGUUCAAGAUUUGAUAAACUCCAUUUAUUACAAGUUUCAUUACUUGGAUUAUUAUUUUGCGUGACAAUAACAUGUUGUAUUACAGAUAUACUAAAAUGUUGGAUAAGUAAUCCAAGACCAGAUUUUCUAGUUAGAUGUGGCGCUACCGGUGCAGUUGUCAGAAGUGAGAGUAUGUCAGAAAAAGUGCUAAUGUCGAUGACUAAGUGUAGUGCACCUUUAGGGCAGAUGUAUUUACUUGAUGGGAUGAAAUCUACCCCUUCUGGACAUUCAAGUAUGUCAUUUGCUGGGUUGGGAUAUUUGUCACUUUGGUUAGUUGGACAAUUGCGAUUAUUGAAUGAAAAGAAGCUACAGUAUUUGUUUGUUUGGGGAGUAGUAGUGGGGGCACCAAUAUUGUUUGCAGCAUGGAUUGCCUUAACUAGGACUCAAGACUAUAGGCAUCAUUUUGUAGAUAUAGUUAUUGGUGCGAUAUUGGGUAGCGCGUUUGCGUUGGCAAGUUAUUUCAAGUAUUUCAAUUCUCCAUGGGCAAACGAUUGUUAUAUCCCAAUUGAUUACGAUGAAUAUUAG